AUCCAUCGGAAAAGGAUGGAGAAAGAUCUCCUGGAGCUGCAGACUCUGAUUGAUGUGCACUUUGAGCAGAGGAAGAAAGAGGAGCAGGAGCUGAUUGGACUCAAAGAGAGGAUUGAAAGACGUCGUGCAGAAAGGGCUGAGCAGCAACGUGUGAGGGCUGAAAAAGAGCGGGACAGACAGACGCGGAUUGCAGUGGAGAGACAGAGGAAAGAAGACGAAGAGGCGAGGAAGAGGGCAGAGGAUGAGGCCAAGAAGAAGAAAGUGCUCUCCAACAUGGGGGCUCACUUUGGAGGGUUCCUGGCCAAGGUAGAGCAGAGGCGUGGAAAAAUGCAAACUGCGAGGGAAAUCAAGAGGAAGACUCUGGCAGAGAGACGCAAGCCCCUGGCUAUUGAGUCCAUGCGAGAGGACGGCCUGAGAGAGAGAGCCAGGGAGAUGUGGGAAUGUAUCUACCAGCUGGAGUCAGAGAAGUUUGACCUGACAGAGAAGACGAAGAGGCAGAAGUAUGAGGUCAAAGUCCUCCUGAACAGAAUCCAGCAGGCUCAGAAAUUCAAAAAGGUGCACGGUAAGGGGAAGGUCGGAGGACGCUGGAAGUGAACACACACAGA